AUGUCAAGGUCAAAAAGAAUAGAGCAGAUUGUAAAGUUGGGUCAGGAAGGACAAGUACCUUUACCAUUUUCGUAUAACGUAAUUAGUGAAUUACCAUCAAUGGAUGAACCUGCGGAUUUAAAAGCAAUAACAGAAAUACCAGCCACCUCUGUCGAUACGUUGAGAAGAGCUAAAGACAGUGACUACAAAGCUAUAGGCAUGACAUUACCAAUAGUAUUAAAUAUAGACAACAAUAGUCAAUUUGAGAACCAAAACAAUAUUGAAGAUGACGUUAUACGUGAUAAUAUAAGUUCACCUUCUCUGCUGGAUAGCGUUGAUAAGUUACAUGCAUCUCAUGGAGAGAAACCAGUUGCUUCGCCACUUAUGGACUUGUAUAACCUUAUCAAUACCACGUCCUCUGCGGACAAAGAAAACAAUCCUCCUAAUUCCGAAGAUGAGCGUUAUGCUGAUAUCGACUUUUCGCCAGAUGAUAGUACCGACGAAUAUCAGCCACCUCAACGACGUCAUAUUAGAAAUAUUAGUUUUUCACCGAUUUCCAAUACGUCUUCUUCUACUGUAGGAUUUAAUUCAGAAAUAAGACAUUCGCCGACAAAGACAAAGACAAAGAAGGGUAAAAAGCGUAUUAGGAAUCCACAGAAAUGGAAAAAAAAUAUAUCAAAAGAACUCAAAAACUCAGGGAAAGAGUACGUUUCUCGCACUGGAAAAAAUAUUGAUGCUAAAGUAAUGAGACCACCAUGCAAUUGUAGAUUACAGUGCAGAAACCAAUUUUCAGAGGAUCAAAGAAGACAGAUAUUUGAAAGUUACUGGAACUUGGCUUCUAUUCAACGACAAAGAGAUUUUUUGUGCUCGUGUAUCGAACCUUUGAACAUUUUGUGCCGUCGUAUUAAGAACGUUGAAAAACCUAGAACACCUAAUUGCUCAUUUUUAUUUUUAAAUAACGGCCGUGGUUUUAAAAUGUGUAAAACAUUCCUAUUGAAUACUCUAGGAAUUUCUGAAAGGACUCUACGAACAGUAAUUGAGGCAAAAAAAUAUAAUUCAGGCAUGGCUCCAAAAGACAAUAGAGGUAAACAUGGCCAUCACAAAAAAACAGAUCCAGAAAUUUUGCAAUCUGUUAAAAACCAUAUUAAUUCAAUCCCACGGAUUGAAUCCCAUUAUUUGAGAGCUCACACUUCUAUAGAAUUUAUAGAUGGUGGUCUAACAAUUGUUGAAAUGCAUCGUAAUUACAAGACACAACGUUCUUCACUACAGAAAGAGGCAGCAACUUACGAUGUCUACGCAAAAUUUUUUAAUACUGAAUUUAAUCUUACCUUUUUUAUACCGAAGAAGGAUCAAUGUGACCUCUUUUAA